CCUCCCUCUUUGAUCUUUUCUUCCGCUAGCUUAAACACACAGAUUACAGCUAACCACAGCAAGAGGAUAAAGAAUUAUCCCUUCUCUUCUCUUCUCUUCUCUUUCCCGAUAGCCACGAUUGCCUUUUGAAUUUUGAAGAAUUAAGCCAUCCGCCUUCAAGCAUUCAACCAUAUACACACACCCAUCUCUGCUAUAUUUAAGCAACCAACCGCCAUCACAACAUUGACGUCGUCUUCCUCAUUGUUUCUGCUUCUUCUCUUCACGCCACUCCGACAUGAAGCAAAGCUCCACUCACCACCACCACCACCACCACCACCGCCAUCAGCCGGAGCUCUUCUGGGCCAAGCUCGUGAUGCGCAAAUGGCUGAAUGUUGGAGCCGAGGAGUCCGAUUACAGCGCCGACUCUGACUCCGACGCCAGCUCAGACUCCGAUCUCGAAGAUUUGAGAGAAUUGCAGGAUGGCAAAACAGAGGAUGAAGUUGCAAAUGAUUUCGCUGAUGCUCUUCCCAGAUUAAGAAGACGGAACUCAGAGACAUUUAGAUCACAAUAUAUAAACAAAAAGGAAAUCCGAGUCUGUGUUGGCACAUGGAACGUUGGAGCUAAGCUUCCACCUGAUGACUUGCAUAUUGAGAACUGGUUAGAUAUCAGUGAGCCUGCGGACAUGUAUAUAAUUGGUUUUCAGGAGAUUGUACCACUAAAUGCUGGGAAUAUCUUUGGUGCCGAAGAUAGUCGCCCGGUGCCAAAAUGGGAAAACAUCAUCCGUAAAACCCUUAAUAAGCUUCAACCUGCAAAUUUGAAAUUUAAAUGCUACAGUGAUCCCUCUUCUCCAUCAAGAUUUAAGCCAACUGAUGAUGCUCCAAAUUUAGAUGAUGAAAUAUUGCUUGGAUCUGAUUGUGAUACCGAGGAGGAAAUCCAUCUGUUAGGUGAAAAAUCCGAUAACUUUCAAGAAAUGAGAGUCAGAUUGGAGACACACGAAAAUGUGUUUAGUUCUCAAAAUGUGUCUAGUUAUGAUGCCCAUUCCAGCAUGCCAGUUUAUCAGGAUUUUGAUAAGCAAUUUUCUUCACCAAAGAGGCUGGACAGAUUGAAUUGCCUAAGGGUAGAAGAUUGCAUUGGAACUGCAGAAGCACCAUUUUCUCAAUCUAAUAGCAAAUUAGUGAAAACACUUGGUGAGAGAGAAAGGAUUGGUUUGACCUGGCUAGAACCACCACGGGAUAUGCUAGCCAGGCAUGUUUUAGACAGAAAAAAUUCCUUUAUGUCUACUAAAUCUUUCAAAGCGUCCAAAUCUUUUGGAACACACCGUCCUUUCAAGUUACCCACAACCAAUUAUAACAGAGUGCAACCAGGGGCAGCUCUCCUUGAGGAACUUGGCCUUGAGUCCCUUGUGUAUCGUAAAAGAAGAAGUCCAUAUGUGAGGAUAAUCAGCAAGCAAAUGGUUGGAAUUUUACUCACUAUAUGGGUUCGUAGAAGCUUGCGAAGGCAUGUCCAUAAUGUAAAGGUGUCUGCUGUUGGUGUUGGUGCCUUGGGCUACAUAGGCAACAAGGGAUCUAUAUCAGUUAGCAUGUCUAUAUAUCAGACUUUAUUUUGUUUUAUAUGUAGUCACCUAGCAUCUGGCGAGAAAGACAGUGAUGCUGUUAAAAGAAAUGCUGAUGUGCAUGAAAUACAUAGAAGGACUCAAUUUCAUUCACUUUCAAGUGGGCUUCCUGAAAGCAUUUAUGACCAUGAGAAAAUAAUAUGGCUGGGUGAUCUAAAUUACCGUAUCAAUUUAUCAUACGAGGAAACAAGGGCACUGAUCACUAGAAAGGAUUGGUCCAAGUUGGUUGAGAGUGACCAGCUUACACGAGAACUGGGAAAAGGUUGUGCAUUUGACGGAUGGCAUGAAGGUAUAUUAAAUUUUCCACCAACCUACAAAUAUGAGUCAAACUCAGAGAAGUACUAUGGGGAGGAUCAGAAGGUUGGGAGGCGUACUCCAGCAUGGUGUGACCGUAUUCUUUCAUUGGGGAAGGGGAUGAACCUAUUAAGCUACAAGAGAACAGAACUUACACUUUCUGAUCAUCGACCUAUUGUUGCCUUGUACAUGGUGGAAAUCGAGGAAUUUUGUCCUAGGAAGCUACAACGUGCUCUAACAUUUAUUGAUGCAGAAAUUGAAAAUCAGGAAGUUAUAGAAGGAUACAUCUGAUUGGAUGCAUCAGGGGGAAUUAAAUCUUAUAAACUAGAAGAGGCUGCGGAGUUUGCAACUGAGAGGUCAUACAUAUCAUUUGUGGAAGCCUACUCUUUGUUGCUUCUUCUAUACCUAUUUACUCUUUCGAUUUCAAGCUUUUAUGUCAUCGAGGUUGCAUCCAUUGCUGCGGCAUGUAAAUUGUGUAUAGCACACCUUUGUGAAACAACAAUCCUGCUUUCUUUAGGAUACUGAUUUAGUUUUCUUGAAAUGCAGAGUCUUGUAUACUACUCCAGAUAUCUCAUAGGAAAACCGGAGGAUUAAGCUUUUGGUGGGUAGAAUAGAACCUGUUGAGUGACUACCCUUUCUCUGAUACACACUCUCACUUGUGGCUCAACCUGUUAUAAAAUUAGUGAAUUAAAGUUGACAUAUAUGAGUGGUGUGACACAAAAAUUCUAGAUAUAUAUAUAUAUAAAUAUUCAAUCAUUAUAAUUCUGAAUAAUCUUAUUUGGUACACUUCUCCAUACGUGGAAGCCAGCUUUGUAUAAUCACAUGAAUCUGU